GCCUCUUCCCUUCCGUCACGUCUUUUGCCCCGCUUCCCGUCAACAGAACUGCUAUUCCUCACCGCUGCUCAUCUUCCCUCCAGCGCCAGCACCCUCGCACAUUUCUUCUGGGGCCUUCAAGUCCUCAUCUCCGGUUUCCGUGCGCUCCUCGCCAUCGACUUCAGCCUCAGAUCCAGGCGUGACGACCCGAGUCUGCUCUUCGCGACCAUCUGUACCUCGGUCCGUACCCGCGGCGUUCGAACAAGCGGCAUCUCUACGAUGCAUGCUUGCGAUGCGCGACUCCCUAAUCGACGUCAUCUCGGAGAGAAUCAACAUCAUAUUUGAAAUGCUCGAAUCUACGCUCGAGGAGGUCGAAUCCAUAUUCGAGAGGCUCGAUUUGGUGCUUGAGAGGCUUGGUCCCAUACUCGAAAUACUCGUUUCCAGACGCGAGAUACUCGAUUGUAAGCCUGAGACGCUCGUUUCCACGCUUGAGAUGCCGGAGUUUAAAUUGGAAAAUCCCAAUUCUAUUUUGUCCAAUUUUGCGUUGAUGGAUGCGUAUCGCUCGCGGUGUCUGGCGAGAAGUUCCUUUGGGUCGUUCAUUGUGGUGGGGUUCGAGGUCUUCUGGAUCUACCUUCCUUUUUGCAGGGCUAAGAAGAUGUGAAAGGUACCUGGCGGUUUGUCGAGGGUCCGGUAUUUCGAGGCCUCAGCGGUAGAGCAAUGGGUCGUUUAUUACUUGCUGUAUCAGUGUAAAGGUUGGCCUGGCCUGGAAUCAUUAUCAAUGUACGAUUAUGUUGACUGCAAUGUAGAAGGGAAAAGAAAAGAUGUGGGAGAUGGACAGGUUACUUAUAAGAAGUAGGUGGCUAGGUAGAGGCCUAGUUUAGGUAGACUGUUGAGAAAACGUUUCAACCCUAACAUCAGAGCGACG